AUGACACCGACCGAGGAGCGUGAGAUGAGUGACACCACCCAAGCCAAGGAAAAGCUGGCCUCCGAUUUCCGUGCCGUGAUGGAUGACAUCGACGCGCUGAUGACGGCCACCACCAACAAGGCCGACACCGAGGUCAAGGCCCUGCGCGCGCGCAUCCAGGACCGCUUGUCCGGCGCCAAGGAAAAGCUGCUGGACGCCCAGCACGAGGCCAUCCAGCGCGCCAAGGACGCCGCCACCGCCACCGACGACUACGUGCAUGCCAAGCCCUGGCAGGCCAUCGGCGUCGCCGCAGCCGUGGGUCUGGCGCUCGGCGUGCUGAUCGGCCGCCGCUGA